AUCCAACGAGGACAGCAGAGCGCAUGCGCAGUACGCCCCAUGCGCUAACGACAACCCUGUGCAUAAUAUGGAACAACUACUUUUCAAUUAGAAAGCAAACCAAGUCCAAAAUUUUUCAAUGCGGUGGUUUGGAUUUGGCUUCAACGCAUUUGGACAGAUAUAUGUCCAUGUGAAAUCAACGGAGGUAGAGAGUUACGACGAUGAGGACGUGAAAGUGAGCAGCCCUACAGAGCUAGCUACAAGCAGGGACUGCCGCUUGAACACUGUUGAAGAAGUUAAAGCAAGUUGGAGUCGAAGAGCAUUUUUACAAUUGGAUGGAGACAGAUGUGUAUACCUGGCAGGUUUCGGUGCAGUCCCCUCCUCCAAUGAGUCCUGUGGUGUCCCUAUGAAACACACUGAUGGCUGUACCGAUGUCUUCAUCAGUGAGUCAUGUUUAACGCUCGGGUUUUCAGACAGAGUUGAGGUCUGGGAUCUGCUGAAGGAAGAGAAGACUCCAUCAUGGAGCAUGGAAAUGAAAACACAAUCGGAGACCUCUGGGACCCGUUUAAAUCUUCCAUUGGUGCCUGGGGGUUACAUAGCCAUGAAACCACCUUUCUACCGUCCCUUAUCACAGCACCUAAAAGCCAAGAGUCUGGCACUUAGUGCAGAGCAUGCCAUCCUCCUCACUGCCUCUGGAGUAGUGUACACAUGGGGAGCAGGAAGCCAUGGUCAGCUUGGGCAUGGAGGCCUCACCUCUGAGGAGGACCCCAGGGUAGUUGAGGCUCUCUGGGGGAUGCCUAUGAACUGUGUGGCAGCAGGAGGCUGGCACUCUGUCUGCAUCAGUGAUGGAGGUGACCUGUAUGUGUGGGGCUGGAAUGAAACUGGCCAGCUUGGACUUCCAUCACGGGGUCUGAGGAAAGCACAGCAGCAGCAGCAACAAGCAGGAGCGGGAGCAUCAUGCCAACAUGCUGGCACAACUCCUACUGAUGAGCCACAAGAAGGAGAGAAGAAUGAAGAUGUAUUUAUAUCAAUCCAGGCAUUUCCGGCUCUGCUGGAUGUCACUCCAUCAUGUGAAGUCAAGACAGUCAGCUGUGGCUUCAGACAUACAGCUGCUGUAACUACCAAAGGUGAACUCUACACAUGGGGCUGGGGUGACUAUGGCCAACUUGGACACCAGAGUUUAGUCAGUUCAGAUGAGCCUCAGUGCGUGGAGUUCUUCAGGGAGAAGCAGCUGCAUGUGGUUGAUGUUGUGUGCGGGGCAUGGAACACUUUUGCUGCUGUUGUCAAGAAGGAUGUAGAAACUAGCUCUUAACAUUACUUUAUGGUUUCUUUGAUACACUGGACAAUGGACUUUGGACAAAACACCAGGAAGUGUAAACUAUUUCAUCAAAUACAAUGCUUUGAAUAAAUUAUGUUUUGUACGCAUA